AUGAAAAACCAGCUCCGCGGCCCCCCAGCGCGGGCGCACAUGUCGGACUCGGGGGCGUCGGCGGCUGUGGGCACCGGGGCGGGGUCGGAGCCCGGUGCGGGGUCCGGAUCUGGCUCGGGCACCGGGGCGGGCGCGGCGACGGGCGCGGGGGCCAUGCCCUGCAAGAGUGCUGAGUGGCUGCAGGAGGAGCUGGAGGCGCGCGGCGGCGCGUCCCUGCUGCUGCUCGACUGCCGGCCGCACGAGCUCUUCGAGUCGUCGCACAUCGAGACGGCCAUCAACCUGGCGAUCCCGGGCCUCAUGCUGCGCCGCCUGCGCAAGGGCAACCUGCCCAUUCGCUCCAUCAUCCCCAACCACGCCGACAAGGAGCGCUUUGCCACGCGCUGCAAGGCGGCCACCGUGCUGCUCUACGACGAGGCCACGGCCGAGUGGCAGCCGGAGCCCGGCGCUCCCGCCUCGGUACUCGGCCUGCUCCUGCAGAAACUGCGCGACGACGGCUGCCAGGCCUACUACCUCCAAGGUGGUUUCAACAAGUUCCAGACAGAGUACUCAGAGCACUGCGAGACCAACGUGGACAGUUCGUCCUCACCAAGUGGUUCGCCGCCCACCUCAGUGCUGGGCCUGGGGGGCCUGCGCAUUAGCUCUGACUGCUCGGACGGUGAGUCGGAUCGAGAGCUGCCCAGCAGUGCCACCGAGUCAGAUGGCAGCCCUGUGCCAUCCAGCCAACCGGCCUUCCCCGUCCAGAUCCUGCCCUACCUCUACCUCGGCUGUGCCAAGGACUCCACCAACCUGGACGUGCUCGGCAAGUACGGCAUCAAGUAUAUCCUCAACGUUACGCCCAACCUGCCCAACGCCUUCGAGCACGGUGGCGAGUUCACCUACAAGCAGAUCCCCAUCUCUGACCACUGGAGCCAGAACCUCUCCCAGUUCUUCCCUGAGGCUAUCAGCUUCAUUGAUGAGGCCCGCUCCAAGAAGUGUGGUGUUCUGGUGCACUGCCUGGCAGGUAUUAGCCGCUCGGUGACAGUCACCGUGGCCUACCUGAUGCAGAAGAUGAACCUGUCACUCAAUGAUGCCUACGACUUUGUCAAGAGGAAAAAGUCCAACAUCUCACCCAACUUCAACUUUAUGGGGCAGCUGCUGGACUUCGAGCGGACGCUGGGGCUGAGUAGCCCGUGUGACAACCACACCCCCAGCGAGCAGCUCUACUUCUCCACACCCACCAACCACAACCUGUUCCCACUCAACACGCUCGAGUCCACGUGAGACCAGGGUCCCAGGGGCCAGGGUGCCAGCCCUCCACGGGGCCAAUAGGUGGGCCUGCACCUGCUGCAUCUGGCCCGAGGAAUGGACGAAGGUCUCCUGGGCCCAGGGGCCGAGUUUCCCUCACCUCGGCAGGAUUUUCUGAGAGCCCGUGGCUCUCAGACAUAAGGCUUUGGGAGUCCAGCAGGCCUCAUCCUUGUCCCAGGACACUGCUUUCUGCUGAUGGCCCAGCCAGUUUGGCUGUUUUUUAAAGACACAUCUACGGACCUGAGUUUACUUUUUAAUUUUGGCAGGUAAAUCCAAGCGCUCUGGGGCACAGAGAGUAUUCAAGCUCUUCUUCAUUUUUUUUUUUUUUUUUAAUGAAAAGUGUUAUUUUCAGGCUUCAUGCAACAGUGGAUUGUAUAAACCAGUAUUUCAUCCUUCUCUUGAUCUUACAGGAGAGAGAGAAGCAUUCUCAGUUUUGUUUCUGUUUCAAAAAGCAAUUUUUUUAAAUGGGAAAGACAAACCCCGUGUUGAUCUUGACCAAAUGCGUUUUGCACAUGUGUGAAGAAGCCUCUGUUUCUGUUGCAGGCCCUUCUUGAAGGGAUGGCCUGCUGGUCUCCAAAUGUUGAACCCCCAGUCAUACCCCAGCUCCCCACUUCCCACCUGACUUGGCACUGCAUUUGCCUGCGAUAACUGCUGCAAGUUGUGACUGGCAGGCUGGAUGGUGGCCUUUUCAUUCUCUGCCCCCAGCGGCCCCUCUGUGCUCCCUACAGACUCCCUGAGGCAGGAGAUGGGAGGCCCUGCCAAGCAGUAGCAUUAGCCCUCUGGGCUCAGCCCCUAGGAGGGUCUGGGCCUUGGGCCCUUUACAAUACUACCCACUACUUCCGUCUCACUCGCUCUUUGAAAUGGAGAGUGGAGGCCCAGUGGCUGGGAAAGCUUAGGUGGUAGGGGCCUGGCCCUGCCUCUGAGUUUCUCUCCCUGACUCUGGUAGUUUUGGUUCAGCUGCCACUUGUGGCUGCCUUGCCCCUGGAAGCCUGCCCUGCUCUGCCCAUGCCUUCUACCAGGAAGCUCACACCCAUUGCCAUCCCAGGGCAGGGGCAGGUGGGGCAAGGAUGGAUAAGUGAAAGGGGUGUGAGGCUGUGUCCACCCCAUCUCACCCCCAGUAUCCACAUAACAAGCCACGGAUUCCGUUACCUUCCUCCAGUUUUGUUCCUUCUCCAACCUCAGUUCUACCCAGGUGUCAGGACUGCCAUGGGGGGGAGGGGGUCCCUGAGGGAGUUAGCACUCCGCAUGUGAGCAAGGCCACGGAAACUCUGCCCCCUCUGCAUCUUACCUCACAGGGGUUGUUUUCAGGGAUUCUUUAAGGCAAAGGAUUAAAAUCUUGCCACAGUUGAGAAAGUGACAAAAAGCUUCCAUGCUGUACACGGUUCUCUCUCUUUUUUACUUUUAAAAAGAAAAAAACCAGGAAGAUGCAUCAGAUUUGUGUAAAUGAGGGUAUGCCAAGAGGGUGGCCAGUUUUGCUUUAUGAUCUUAUGAAGGAAAAUUUGUGACCCUACAUAUAUACACAUGCACACACACACUACACACACACACAAACAUAUACACAUAUAUAUAUCCCGAACCAGCGACGGGACUUUGUUUAUAUUGCAAAUAAAUACUAUUUUUUCUUUAAAGUGAGUUGUGUCUGAUAUAAGGGCCUGGGGCAGCAAGAGGGCACUGUGCCAGCAUCCCGGUGCCUGCGCUGUGUAAGGUAGUGACCUUGCCUGCCCAGGGCCUGCUGAGCACUGGCUGUAACUGGCCAGAGGUGCUCACAGCUGGGUGGAACAUGCAGACCUCUGGGAGAAACUGGGGUGCAGGCAUUUCCUAAGCACUUCAGGCCAUGGCAGGCAGGGGCAUUGGAACUUUCUGGGCUUUUGCUAAUUGCAUGUCAGGAAAAGGGUCUUGGAGAGGUUCUGUGGACCAAAGUGACAACUGAGCCCCAGAAUUCCCCAAGCUGCCUGCUUGGACAUAGCUCCUGUUGCUCCAGGAUCUUGACCAGGGCCCUGGCUCUUUCUCUUGCUGUUCCUGUGGGUAGUGUGGGGGGUUGGUACUUCAUUGCAAUUUAUCCCUCUCCCACUCCUUAGACUAGGACUCCAAUUACACUGAACCUCAGUCCAUGAGUGGGUUACCCUGCUUUGUUGCUCAGGCACUUGGUUUCAGCCUCCUGGAGCCUCAGUAUCCAUCUCUGUGAAAUGGGCCAAUCACAUCCAGAUACUUAGUGCUUUUAUUUGGUGCAGGAUGAGUACAUUUUUCAUUCCUGGUCUGGGCCUCAACCUGCAGGGAGAAAUCAUCUAUUCCCAGACUUCUCCAGAGCAGGUGAACUUCAGUCUGUACGGGGCCCCUUUGGAGACACAGGCCAGCCCCAGGCAGGAGCAGGGAAAACAGGAAAGGGGCCUAGAGAAGGAUGCUUUAUGGACUGCAGGCCCCAGUGGGAAACAGCCCCUUGUUACAGAUGGGGAACUAGAGGCUGCAAAGGAACCAAUGUCUCCUUUACCUUUGGCUGGAUUGAGUGGGCCCCAGGGACUUAGGUGGUCACUCACUUUCCCCAUCUGCCUCCUACUUGGCUUUAUACCUUUAGCUGUGACCAGCACUGGGCUGGCCCAGGUGGCAGGUAGGCAGACAGGGCAGUAAGGGUAAGGCAACUCCUUCCCUUCCCCAGGACUCUUCACCGGGGUCUCCAGGCUCUGCCUUCUCUGUUCCUGCCCUGUAUCUACCUGUGAGUUACAUUUGACCAAAACAUAGUCACCUUCACACACAUAGCAUCUAGGGGGCAGCUUCCGCAGGCAAAGGGAUCUGGGUUCAAAUCCCAGCUGAGUGGCUGCCAGAUCCUCACCCUUCUCACUCAGCUUUCCUAUCUUAGAAUCGGGGGAAUACUGUGGUGCUGCCAGCAGGCCUGUAGGAGCGG